GGACGGAGCCAGUAGGUGAGAGGGUUGGGGCUUGUGGCUCCUGCCUCGGUGGCGCACACGAGACCCGAGAGCGGCCGAGGUGAGAUCGCUGCGCCGUCGGAGCUGUCCACUGCGCCGUGGUGCUGAACUGCACAUUCUCCCUGCGUCUCCUGCGUCGGCGCUUGAUGAUAUUUUGGGAAAAGGAUUAACAACCUCCCCUUUGGCUGCUCGUAGGUGCAAACUUCUCCGGAGGACAUCGCUCUCUCUUCUCUCUCUCUCUCUCUCUCUCUACACACACACACACACACACGUCGGAGAUUUCAGCCGUGGAUUUGGACCGGAGCUCGAGAUUAUCACAUAUAUAAUAGUUUGUGGAGAAGUGUUGCAUCCUCACCGUCCCAUCGCUAAUCUCGCUUGGAUUAUUCUCCUGGAUGGUUUACGUCUGGACACACAGGAAAAGACCAAUGACGACGGCCAGAUGGUGGUCGGCGGCAAUUUUCCUGUUGGGGCUCGCUGCGCCCGGCGCCGACGGGAGGCCCGACAAGGACGGCUUUGGAGCGCCGCCCUAUCGACCAGUCGUGAGAUUCCGACACAAGCAGGAUGGGAUCCCGGAGAGCUUGAAGAUAAAGGGUUUCAUGGGACACAAUGGCUUCCCCGGUCCGUGUGAACACAAGUACUGUGGCCUGGGGCGCCACUGCGUCGUCGACCGGGAGAUUGGCCAGGGGGAGUGCAAGUGCUUGGAUCACUGUAAACCGCACUACAAACCCGUGUGCGGCUCGGACGGGACGCUGUACCCCAACCACUGCGAGCUCCACCGGGCCUCCUGUCACAGGGGACGCAGGAUUACCAUCGUGCACAGCGAGGAGUGCUUCUACAAGGAUGAUAACUGCAGACUGAGCGACUACCGUCGGCUGAAAACCAAGACCCUGGAUCUGCAUGACAAGCGGUACACGGGGGCCCGCGUGCACGGCGCCCACAAGGACAACAUGGCCGCCAGGCGGCAACUGGUCGACAUGAUGUUCAAGCGCUUCGAUGCGGAUAACAGCGGCCGGAUCGAUUCCGGCGAGCUCUCCCAGGUCAUCAAGCAGGAGGGUCUGUCCAAGGACGUUUCCGAGUGCACACUGUUUGACCUGCUGAAGUACAACGACGUCAACGACGACGAGCACCUGACCAAAGACGAGUUCUACACAGCCUUCGACGUCUACCUGCUCAGCCUUCCGGACGACCAGAGAGUGAGCGUCGCCACGGCGACGGUCGGCCAGAGCGCCGUGUUGACCUGUGCCAUCGCGGGGGAACGGAGGCCUCCCAUUCUCUGGAAGCGAAACGAUCAGUACCUGAACCCCCUGAACCUGGAGGACAUCAAUAUCCCAUCUCAGGACUUUGGGGAUGAUGGCUCAUUGUACAUCACCAAGGUGACAACAACCCACAUGGGCAACUACACCUGUCACGCCGACGGCUAUGAGAAACUCUUUCAGACCCAUACCCUUCAAGUCAACGUUCCUCCCGUCAUCCGGGUUUACCCGGAGAGCCAAGCGCGGGAGCCGGGCGUCACUGCCAGCCUGCGCUGCCACGCCGAGGGUCUUCCCCGCCCGCAGCUGGCCUGGCUGAAGAACGGCAUGGACAUCGCGACCAAACUGUCCAAGCAGCUCACCCUGCAAGCUAAUGGAAGCGAGGUGCACAUCAGCAACGUCCACUUCGAGGACACCGGCGCCUACACCUGCAUCGCCAAGAACGAGGCGGGCGUGGACGAGGACAUCUCUUCGCUCUUUGUGGAGGACUCGGCGCGCAAAACUUUGGCGAACAUCCUGUGGCGAGACGAAGGUCUCGGCAUUGGCAACAUGUUCUAUGUGUUCUACGAAGACGGCAUAAAAGUCAUCCAGCCGGUGGCGUGCGAGAUACAGCGGCACAUCAAGCCCAGCGAGAAGCUGCUGGCUCUGCAGGAGGAGGUGUGCCCCGCCUCACCGGGCGAGGCGGUCCAGAGGUGUGUGUGGUCAUCAGCGGUCAACGUCAAGGACAAGUUCAUUUAUGUGACGCAGCCAACCUUGAAUCGAGUGCUGAUAGUGGACAUCCAGUCUCAGAAGGCUGUCCAGACGGUCAGCACCGAUCCCUAUCCCGUGAAGCUCCACUACGACAAAUCUCACGACCAGGUGUGGCUGCUCAGCUGGGGAGACGUGGAGAAGAACUUCCCCACACUGCAGGUGAUCAACCAGGCCGCCGGAAGAGUCUCCCACCACACCGUCCACACGCAGCCGGUCGGCAGGCGCUUCGACAGGGUGGAUGACUUCUUCAUCCCCGCCUCCAGCCUCAUCGCCAACCACGUCAGAUUUGGCCUCAUCGUUCAUCGAAAUGAGCCUGUCCUCCACAAGAUUGACCUGGAGACAACGUCCUAUGUGAAAAACAUCAGUUUGUGGGAGUAUAACUGCAUCCCCAAGUCUGUGGCCUACACCCAUCUUGGCGGCUACUACUUUGUCAACUGCCGACCUGACUCCACCGGUGCUACACAGCCCCAACUCAUCUUGGACAGUGUGACGGAUAGUGCAAUUGGACAAAACCGCGACGUCACCGGCACCCCUUACAUGUCUCCAGACGGUCAUUACCUGGUCACCGUCGAUGACGGCGAUGGCUUGAUGAGGAUCCAGACCAUCUCGGAUCGGGGAGAGAUCCAGGAACCGUUCGACAUCCACACGAACCUUCACCUGUCCGAUCUGGCCUUCCAGCGCUCCUUUACGGAGGUCCACCAGUACAACGUGUUCGGGAGCUCUGGCCGCCAGACGGACGCUUUGUUUGUGGAACUGAGCACUGGCAAAGUCAAGAUGAUCAAGAGCUUGAAGGAGGCCACAAAGUCCUUUGAAUGGCCGUGGAGCGGCAGGAACAGGGUAAUGGCAGGCAGCGGACUGUUCGGUCAGUACCUCAUGACCCCGUCAAGGGAGUCCCUCUUCAUCCUGGACGGACGGCUCAACAAGCUCAAUUGUGAGAUCACGGAUGUCCUCAAAGGCAACGUGGUGGUAUGGGUUGGCGAGUCUUAGGUUGGUAACAUCAAGAGCCGAGGAGCUUUGGUUUUGUCAAAGUUACUGUUGCACUGAAUUCUGUUGCAGAUUCUUUAAUUUUGUGGGAGUACAAUGGUGAAAAACCACAGUUUCAGAAACCAAAUUGACCAUUUGUAAAUCCAUUGGAUGGAGAACCUUCAUCCAAAUACAACUACAAGGGAGUAAUUGAUUGAUAUUGUCUUAAAGCCAAGUUGAAAUCAUUGUUUUCCACUGGGUGGUUUGUCUUUAAGUCAACAUAAAGUUGCUUGCUGGUAAAAAAAAUAUUUUCAGGAAAAUUGGUAUGGAUCCGUAAACCUUGCAUUACUAUUCAGUCAGUUGUUUUCAGUGUGUGGGAAUGCUGUAGAUAAUCUCUGAACAAAAAACUAAUAUCUAAGUGAAUUGGCAGAAAUAGAUAUAUAUACUGUAUAUGUCCAGAUGAACUCUUGUAAUUUAAGUUUGCCCAUCCCCAACUUUUUCCUGUGCCUUCAAGGAAAAUUGCCCUCCAUCAGAGGAAUUAGUGUAAUUAUUCCCAGUAUGACUGCAAAGUACACCUCUUCCCGUGACCCCAUCCAUUUGUGGUGAGCGUCGUUACUCACAAAUCUGGUCUUUCCGUCCGUCCAACGCAGCCGACUCGGUCUAAUUAAAAUGAGCCCUUGCUGUGAUCCCAUCCCGUUUGAAGUGGAUACAGAGACUGAGUGGUUCAUUAUGUUUGUGCGCUCUGUAACCUUUGAUCCGAUCUCAUAACCGGCUUCGGAAGGUUCUGAAUGAAAUCGUAUUUUUUCCUUUUUUAGUCCAAAGCCGAAAAAUGUAAGUCAGUGGCGAUGUCGAAUUGUACCAGCUUUAUGCACAAUGCACACAUUGUGAGUUAGUGUGUCAAAAUCCCUAGCAAUGAGUCAAUAGAGCACUUGCGUGUGUGAAGAAAAUCCAAUCAUAACUUAAAAAUCCCUGGAUCAAACAAAAAAAAAAAAGCGUAGUAGAGUUUAAUAGAAAGACGUGUGGAGAACAUGCAUUGUCUGCUCUGUUCGAACGGCGUGUUUCAAGUGGAUGUUUUAAUAUGAAGUAAUGAUGAGCUAGCACACUGGGGAGUGGGGUAGUUGUGUGUGUGUGUAGAAGGGUCUUUGAGGAUAAGCUUUGAUUACGAGUAACAACUCGCUCUGAAUCCUCCUGCAGUAGAUUCAUAGCUGGCAAAGACAAAGAAACCGAUUCCUAUAGCUGGACACAUUUCUAUGCAUUUUCACCCUAGCACUCUCUGACUCUGUGAAUCACAACGGGCAACUGUAUAUCUCAAAUUUAGUAUGGACUUUUGAUGUGUACAGAUGAAAUGAAGUCUUUCUGUCUUUCCUGUUAGAUCUUACUCAUAUAUAUGUUUUAGUUUUACUUUAAUUUAAGCUUUUUUUCCCCCUCCCCGUCACGCUGUUUUCCCCAAACUCUACACUCGACUGUACUGCUGAUGAUGAUGACCACGACCUCUGACCUUUCUCUCUACGUUCUGUACAUAGCAGCUGACUGUGAGUCCAUUAGUUUCCCAUGAAUGUACAAAUCGGCGCAGGUUGUGUUUGUUUUUUCCCGAGCCGAUGAUCAAGCAAACUCCUUUUUAAGAAAUGAAAACACACCGCUGUCAUUGUCGACAUCCUGUACCCAAGCACAUUGUGAUCACCAACACUGUCUUCACCUCCAUAUAGCCAUGUCUUGUAUGUUCACUCAUGUGAUUGUUAUUUAUAUAGAGAAAAACACGCUUGUCAUUUUAUCCAACAAUAAAAACUAAACCAUGA